AGUGUGGCCACCCCAUCGACAGCCCGGACUAUCGGAGCCACUGUCAUCUCUAGCAGCGCACAACACGAGUAAAGGCUCAGCUCAGCCCACAACUCGUUUGCCAACUUAGGAUCUACAUCCCCUCCCGAAGGUGACGACAACGGCGCUUGCAUAAUGAAAAUCUGGACGUCGGAGCACAUAUUUAACCAUCCGUGGGAGACGGUCACGCAGGCGGCGUGGCGCAAGUACCCAAACCCUAUGACUCCCUCCAUCAUUGGCACGGACGUGGUCGAGCGCCGGGUGGUAGACGGCGUCCUGCACACACACAGGCUGGUUCAGUCCAAGUGGUACUUCCCCAAGUGGACGCACGCCCUGAUUGGAACGGCCAAGACCUGCUUUGCCAGUGAACGAUCCACGGUGGACCCGGAGCGCAAGCAGAUGGUGCUGAAGACAAACAACCUCACAUUCUGCCGCAACAUUAGCGUCGACGAAGUACUCUACUACGAGCCGCAUCCGGCGGACGCCAGCAAGACGCUGCUCAAGCAGGAGGCCACGGUGACAGUAUUCGGAGUCCCCCUGUCCCACUACAUGGAGGACCUGCUUACAUCGACAAUCAGCUCCAACGCGGGCAAGGGUCGACAGGGCCUGGAGUGGGUGAUUGGGCUGAUCAACACAGAGGUCAAGGGCAUCGCCCGCGGCACCGACGAACUCCUACACAGCACACGACGCUCCAUCGACGAAGUCACGGAGAGCGCCCGCAAGAGCAUGGAUGAGAUCAGCGCGCAGGCCACCAAGGCGGCGAAGGCGAUGCACAUAACAUAGGUGCCGCGGAUGCGUAGUGAAUUUUUGAAUUAAAUUCGAUGGCGCAAAGUCGCCGUUUUAGUACAACAAUUAACCAAUGGCAAGGCUGACAUCUGGCAGCGUGUGGGGCAGCAACAAUUACUUCGUUUUUCAAGCCAUUAAAUGUAUAUUUUAUAACAACUCUCUACCGAACGACCCGACUAUCAGUUAUCAGUUAUGGCUGGUAGCUGACGGCUGAUAUGAAUUUCUCUUGUCUGGCAGAAUUUGAAGGAGCUCACGCUUUUGCUGGCACCCAUUGCAGAUCAAUAUAUAUACAUAUAUAAAUAACAUAGUCAAUGUAAGCUUUGUAAACAGCCGCAAAAAUCGAAGAACGAGGAGAGAAAUUAAACUAAAGAUUUGCUUACCAGUCAGUGUCAA